UUGAUAUCUUUCUUUGUCUCUCUCUCUCUCUCUCUCUACCCGAGUAAUUCAAUGUCUAACGAUCCCUCCACCACCACCUCAUCCAUUGCUGGAGACACCACCACGGCAACCACAGACGAUACCAUCAGCACCGCCACCACCAUCCCAGAAGACACCACCAGUUCGACCGCCCUAACCUCCACCACCAAAGCCUCAACCUCAUUAGACUCCUCCUCAUCCUCCACCUCCUCCAAACCCCAAGCAGCAGCAAUCCAAUCCCUCUCCGCCAUCCUCCCCUCCCUCUCCUCCACCUCCUACACCACUGCCCGUUCCCUCCUCCACGACCCCCACACAUCCUCCCAAAUCUCCUCCCUCCUCAAACAACCCGACUCCGGCGCCGGCGACAACAACCUCUGCCGCUGGCUCUACGACACCUUCCAGUCCUCCGAUCCCGACCUCCAGCUCCUCGUCCUCCGCUUCCUCCCCCUCGUCGCCGGCCUCUACCUCUCCCGCGUCCCCCUCCGCAUCCCCCUCGCCGGCUUCGAGGCCGUCCUCCUGGCCCUCUACGCUCACGAGACCGCCUCCCGCGACGGUCAUUCCGUCACCGUCAACGUUCCCGACGUGUCCCACCCCAGCCUCUACCACGAAACCAAGGCCGCCGCCGUCAAGAGCAACGCCACUGGGCUCAACUUGGCCGUUAUAUCUCCCAGCUUGGAACCUCACGGCACCGUCAGAUCCACACGGAGGGCUAGGAUCGUCGGGGUCGCGCUGGAAUUGUACUACACCAAAAUAUACGAAAUGCCAGUCGAGUCCAAGAUAGAUUUCUGCGAGUUUUGUAAGGUUUGGGCUGGUCAGGACGGAGAAAUGUACAAACAGGACGUGGAAAAGAGUAGUGGAAACAAAAUAAACGAGGGAAAGGAGGAGGGUAGUUUGGGGAAUAAUGAUAAGGAAGGGAUGGGGAGGGUUCCCUUGCCAUGCGAAUUGCUCCAACCAGUUUUGAGGAUUUUAGGGCACUGCCUUUUGUGCCCUAAUCAGAACAAGAAGCUCACAGAUAAGGCGAGUGAAGCGUGUAGGAGCCUGUAUGCGAGGUCUAUGCAUGACAUCAAUCCCAAGGCAAUUUUGGCUACUGGGAGUUUGCUUAGGCUAGCUAACAUGGCUUUCGACUCCACCAAGCAAGACCUUUUAGAUCCAACUGACGUUCCCAAAUCUAGAGUCAUCUCUAUGUAGGUAGCUACCUAGCUAGCUUCUAUGUAAUCGUUGUAGAUCAGCAAUUUCAUUAUUUUUGUUAUAAGAAAGUGUUCAAAUUUGUUCGUAUCAAAACUCAAGUAAAAUAGCUUGAUUUUAUUAUUGGGUCCUGACCUUUCUCUUUUCUUUUUUGAGAGAGACUCGUAUGUCAGACUGUAUAAUUGAAUCACUGGGUACAACGCCAAUUAAGUUACCAAGAGUACUCCAUAUAUGAUGUAUUACCAAGCCAGUCUAGCUAGCUCAUAAUCAGCAGCCGAAUUUGAAUCUCUGUAAAAUAUAUAGGAGAUAAGAAGCAACCUGGGACACUGGGAGGGAGUUCAAGAGAAGAAAUAUCAUAUAGUAUUCUUCGGAGAGUCGAGUUGUAAGAAGAUGAAUUGGUAGCUUCAAAUAUCAUAAGGCUGUCUGAAUCAAACAGGUACAAUUCGAGAGUGGCUGUGGCCAGCUAAUGUUUCAACAGCUUCAGGAGAACUCAGAGUCAACCUCAAAACAAACUCCUCCCAACACCUACAGCAGUUCUAGAAAGUCGAUCAAAUGCACUAUCAGUGUUGGCUUUUCUUGAGAUUAAGGUUCAGAUUUCAUAGCAGGUAACGGACUUUUUCGUUGUCUUUGUCUUGCAAUACUGUUCAUGUAUUAUUUAUUUCUUUUAAGAGAAAUGAAAAUCUCUCUCUCCAGAGCAAGCUUUUAAUCAUUCAACUAAAUAGAGCUCCUUUCGCUUUAUGUCCAUUUGCUACCUCUUCCCAUAUUUUGUAUUGAGCAUACACCUACUGUGGACAAUCAAAACCAAUCAAAAGAUGCACAAGCUGCCACACCAGAUUAAUACUCUUCAACC